AUGGCGUCCACAGCGGGCCAGGAGCCUGAGUGGACUGCCGUCAAGGUCCGCAAGACCUUCAUUGACUAUUUCGGCAAGAAUGGCCAUACCUUUGUUCCUAGCGGCAGCGUGGUGCCAUUGGCAGAUCCAACACUCCUCUUCACCAAUGCUGGCAUGAACCAGUACAAGUCAAUAUUCCUUGGCACCGUUGAUCCGGACUCUGAUUUUGCUAAGCUCAAGCGUGCUGCCAACUCGCAAAAGUGCAUACGUGCGGGUGGCAAGCACAAUGACUUGGACGAUGUCGGUAAGGACUCGUAUCAUCACACAUUCUUCGAGAUGCUGGGCAAUUGGUCCUUCGGCGACUACUUCAAGAAGGAGGCCAUCCACUUUUCGUGGGAGCUGCUGACCAAGGUCUAUGGUCUUUCUCCCGACAGGCUCUACGUUACCUAUUUCGAGGGAAAGAAGGACGCAGGCCUCGAACCAGACACUGAAGCUAGGGAGUUCUGGCGUGCAGAGGGCGUCCCUGACGACCACAUCCUUACUGGUGACAUGAAGGACAACUUCUGGGAGAUGGGCGAUCAAGGCCCCUGCGGUCCUUGCUCUGAGAUCCAUUAUGACCGUAUUGGAGGCCGCAAUGCUGCAGACUUGGUCAACAAGGACGACCCAAAUGUCAUCGAAAUCUGGAACAAUGUCUUCAUUCAGUACAACCGAGAACCCGAUAAGUCUCUGCGCCCGCUUCCAGCGAAGCACAUCGACACAGGUAUGGGCUUCGAGCGUCUGGUUUCAAUCUUGCAAAACAAGUACUCAAACUACGACACCGACGUCUUCACGCCGAUCUUUGCGCGAAUUCGAGAAAUUACUGGCGCGCGAGAGUACAGUGGCAAGUUUGGCGACGAGGAUGUGGAUGGAAUCGACACUGCAUACCGAGUUGUCGCUGACCACGUUCGCCUUCUUACAUUCGCCAUCUCGGACGGCGGUAUUCCAAACAAUGUAGGUCGUGGAUACGUUGUGCGUCGUGUAUUGAGGCGUGGUGCACGCUAUGCGCGCAAGUACUUCAACACCGAUAUUGGCAGCUUCUUCUCCAAGAUCGUGCCUACGCUGGUGGAGCAGAUGGGCGAUAUGUUUCCCGAGAUCAAGAAGAAGCAGGCCGAAGUCAUCGAAAUUCUUGACGAGGAAGAGCUAUCUUUUGCCAAGACUCUGGAUCGUGGCGAGAACAUGUUUGAGAAGUAUGCGCAAAAGUGUAAGGCGAACAACUCAAAAGUCCUCGAGGGUGACGACGUGUGGCGACUUUACGAUACCUACGGUUUCCCAGUCGAUCUAACGAGACUGAUGGCGGAGGAGAGAGGAUUGGACAUUAUUGAUGAAGAUGUUGCCAAGGCGCAGGAGAAGGCCCGAGAGGCCUCAAAGGGCGAGAAGAAGGCAGGAACAGAUCUUGUCAAACUUGACGUCCAUGACAUCAACGCACUUGAACAGAUGGCGGAUGUGCCGAAAACUGACGACUCCCCAAAGUUCCAGAGGGACAACAUCACUGCGACGAUCAAAGCUAUCUAUCACGGCCGAAAGUUCUUGCAGUCAACCGAAGAAGUACCGAAGGGCGAACAAUUCGGUGUUUUCCUUGACCGGACCAACUUCUACGCUGAACAAGGUGGCCAGGAGAACGAUACAGGCCGGAUACUGAUUGACGGCGAGGCUGAGAUCGAUGUUCACAACGUGCAACUGUAUGGCGGCUAUGUCAUGCACACGGGCUACAUGAACUACGGAACACUCAAAGUCGGCGACCAGGUCUUGAGCGAGUACGAUGAGCUUCGACGACAACCAAUCCGAAAUAACCAUACAGGCACACAUAUCCUCAAUUUCGCGCUGCGAGAAACGCUCGGGGACGAUGUCAAUCAAAAAGGUUCAUUGGUCGCACCAGAGAAACUGCGUUUUGAUUUCAGCCACAAGCAAGGCUGCUCUGAUGCCGAGCUUGAGAAGAUUGAAGAAUUAAGCACGGGAUACAUUCGUCAAAACAGCGAAGUGUACGCCAAAGAUGUGCCGCUCGCGACUGCCAAGCAGAUUGAGGGUGUACGCGCUGUAUUUGGCGAGACCUACCCUGAUCCUGUGCGCGUCGUUUCCAUCGGUGUGCCAGUGGAGGAUCUACUUGAGGAUCCCAAGCGAAGCGACUGGCGCAAUGUAUCUGUGGAGUUCUGUGGUGGCACACACGUGAAGAACACCACUGAGAUCAAGGAUCUGAUCGUGCUCGAAGAGAGCGGUAUCGCGAAGGGGAUUCGUCGAAUUGUUGCUGUCACUGGCCAGACGGCACAUCGAAUCCAACUUCUUGGGGAGGAGUGGAACAAGAAGGUCGCUCACAUCGAAGGCAUGAAGUAUGGUCCCGAGAAAGAGGGUGCGGUGAAAGAGGCACAGCAUGACCUUGGCAAGCUUGAAAUGGCCGCGCUCACCAAGACCAAGCUGCGUGAGCGUGUGGCCAAAGUGGUGAAAGAGAACCUUGACCACCAGAAGGCUGCACAGAAAGCUGAGAACAAGAAGCUUCUCGACGCCGUCAACGAGCACUUCGAUAAGAACAAGGACUCCAAUACCUUGGUGCUGAGCUUUCCUGUUUCCGCUGGGUCUAAGGCUAUUCAGGAGACCAUGAAGGUCAUUGGCAACAAGCAGAAAGACAAGACGGUCUACCUUCUCGGUAAGACUGAAGAUGGCAAGGUUGUCCAUGGUUGUCAUGUUUCUUCUGAUGCACAAGGCAAAGGCGCUGAUGCCGCGAAGUGGUCGAACGAAGUCGCUGGCCUGGUCGGAGGCAAGGCUGGUGGAAAGGGUGCUACAUCGCUUGGUCAAGGCACCAACGCGGAUAAGGUCGACGAUGCUGUCGAGGUUGCGAGAAAGUAUCUGGAGGGUCUCAGCAUUUGAGCCAUGCCGCUCCGGGCGGCGUCUGCAAGUUGGCUUGUCAAAAACAUGAACUCGUGAACCGGCGGAAGCAACAAGCUGAGCGUUCCCAAAGAUACACACACCUUUAUAGGGUAUGUAAUGCUAAGAUGAUACACUAACUUGUUUUCUGAU